GCCUCCCUCUCCCUCUCCCUCUCUUAGCUCGUAUAUCGGUGUGCUCCUGCACUAGCUCUACUCUUCUACCGGUCUACAAGAGGAGGUAAGGCCGACAGACAUGGUGACCAAGCGCCUCCAAGAAAGCGGCUCGCCGAAGCAAGCUCGCCCUGUCGCCACCGACAGCGCCAACGGCCCGCUGAUGCUGCUCCAUUUACGGGAGCAGCGCUGCGGCCACCACCCGGCUGCCUCGCCCGCUGGCCCGCUGGCGCUGACGCUCGGCGCCCCGGCCGACGACGACGCCUGCCGGCGCUGCGACGAGGCGCUGCGCGGCUCCCGCUACCUGAGGCCCGCGAUGGAGCUGCUGCGCGACGCGGUUUCCGCCGUCGGCGGCGGCGGCGACGACGACGAGAGCGCGGGAGGAGGCAGCGAAGACGAGGCGACUCACCGUGAUAUGCGUCUGCGGGCGGCAGCGACGGGCCGCCGCGUGAUCCAGGCCAAGAACGACGGCGGCACCGGCGGCGCGGUGCAAGCCAAGCUCCUCGGCCUUCUCAGCGAGUUGGAGAGCCGGCAGGAGCACUACUUCCAGGAGCUGAGCCGCGUGGCGUCGUCGUUCGAGCCGGUGCUGGGGGCCGCCGCGACGGCCGGGUACACGUCGCUCAUGUCGCGGGCCAUGACGCGCCACUUCGGCAACCUGCGCCGCGCCAUCCUCCGCAAGCUCGCGACGCUGUGGGUGGUGGACGAGGACAGCGAGGAGGAGGAGGAGGACGGCGACGAGUACGACUACGACCCCGCCCGGCGCCAGGAGGACAUGGUGGGCCGGCUGGUCCGGCGGACGAAGCAGGCCGCGGCGGCGCGGGCGGCGGAGCAGGUGUGCAAGCCGAUGAGGGUCCUGCCGGAGGAGUCGGUGGCCGUGCUCCGGGCCUGGCUCUUCAACCAUUUCCUAGAUCCCAGGUACCCGAGCGACAACGAGAAGCUGAGGCUGGCGGUGAGCACGGGGUUAAGCAGGAGACAGAUAUCCAACUGGUUCAUCAACGCCCGGGUGCGGCUGUGGAAGCCCAUGAUCGAGGAGAUGUACGCCGACGAGUUCUCCGAGGAUUCCUCCGCCGUCUCCUCCAGGGACGACGGCGACGCGGCGGCGUCCUCUCAAUGAGCAGCGCAUCUCCUUCCUUGGGCAAGAUUCAGUCUUCCUUGGCCGGAGACGGGUCGGUUGGAUGCCGUCUUCGGCGAAUUAGUGGUUGGGUAGUGAAGCUCUUUUUGCCAGAGCUUGAGUGAGGUUUUUUUUUUUUUUUUUUGCGGAAGAGAGCUUGAGUGAGUUAUUAUGCAGAGGCCGGGGUUUUUAACCUUUUCUUGUCGAGGAUAAAAAAAGACUAUGGCAUGCGAUGAAAUCCAUCUUUACCGUAAAGAGAUUAUGCGGCAUGUAA